AUGGGCAGCGGCAGCAGCCGGAGCGGCCGGGCCCUGCGGCGGCUCCGCGGCCCCGACAGCCGGCCCGCGGGCCCCGGCGGGGCAGCCCCGGAGGGCGGGACGGGGGCGCCGGAGACGGCGGUGGCGGUGGCCCGGGAGGAGGUCCCCGAGGCGGCGGGGGCGGCGGCUGCGGGCGCGGUGGGUCCCGACCCCGGCCCCGCAGCGCCCUCCGACGGCCGGGACGAAACGCUGCGCCUGCUGGACCAGCUGCUGGCCGAGUCGGCGGCCUGGGCCCCGGGGGAGCCGGCCCCGCGGCGCCCGGCGCGCCCUCCACCCGCCGCCAGCGCGGGGAGCCGGGCGUCCCCCGAGCACAGAGCCGAAGACCACCCAGAGAGCAGCGGCGCGCCCCAAGCCCCGGGCAGCAGCCACAAGCGGCCGGAGAGGCGGUCGGUCAUCUUGUACGACGGCUCCGAGGAGGAGCUGAUGGCCAGCAUCGAGCAGGAGUACUGCCACUGAGCCCCCGGACCGGCGCCGACCUGGGCUGGGGUGCGCCCCUGCCCCUCCCGGGGCUCGGGCUGGAGCUGAGCUGCUGCCCACAUGCAGCGCCGCACGGACUUCAAACCGACCUUCCCCCUCCCCCCCGCACUCAGGGGUCCGGGCCCGCCAGCCGCCGGCCUGCGUGCCCGCUGCCCGGAGGGGUCCUGGGGAGGCCGGCGGAGGGAGUCGCCCUGUGGUCGAAAUGCAGAUUCUGAGUCGGUGGGGCCGUGGGGGCCUCGGAGCCGGCAUUUCUAACGGGCUCCGGGCGAGACCACGCUGCGGGCUCCCAGCGCCCCCCCGAGGAGCAGGACUGAUGGACCCUGGGCAGGAGGCUGCCUCCCAGAGGGACAGCACGGGCCGGGGCCGGGCCCAGCUCUGAUCCUGCCCUCGGGCCUCAGUUUCCCUCUGGAAAGGGAGUCCUGGAGGCUCUGCCCACUCUGACAACCCGGGGUCGCACGGUUCCAGGCUCCCGGCUGCCCUGGUCCCCGCCCCCCGGGAACUGCCCCUGCUGGGGACCUGGUCGCCCCCCUGCAGGGCCUCCGGGCCGCCUGCCCUCACCUGGCAGCGCCUGCGGGCCUCGUCCCGGUCUCCCCGGCGGCCUGUGGACGCCACAGCAG